CAAUCACGAGGGGAGUUUUCCGCGCGGUGGCCGUUGCUGGGAUACGCGGCCUGGCGCCCAGGCUGUGCUUAGGGGAGCGGUGCUGCUCGCCCGACCGUCUCUUCAGAGGUUCGUGUUGCGGGGGUUCCCCACACCCCACGCAUUCGCCCCUGCAAGUGGUUAAAGCGAACAAUGGCCAGUAACCACAAAUCUCCAGUCCCUCGCCCUGUUUCUCGGGGUGGACUAGGGUUGACAGGAAGGCCUCCUUCUGGAAUAAGACCCCCAUCUGGAAACGUUCGGGGCGCAACUGCAAUGCUACCAGCAACAGCAAGACCAGGUUCUCGUGGCGGUCCCUUAGGGACUGGUGGAGUUUUGUCAUCUCAAAUCAAAGUUGCUGAUCGUCCUGUAACCCAACAAGGUCUGAGUGGAAUGAAAACUGGGAUGAAAGGUCCCCAGAGGCAAAUUUUAGACAAAUCUUACUAUCUUGGACUUCUUAGGAGCAAAAUAAGUGAACUUACAACUGAAAUUAAUAAACUUCAGAAAGAAAUAGAAAUGUACAACCAAGAAAAUUCAGUGUAUUUGUCAUAUGAAAAGAGGGCAGAGACAUUAGCUGUUGAAAUUAAAGACUUUCAAGGACAACUAGCAGACUACAACAUGUUGGUAGAUAAACUCAAUACCAAUACUGAAAUGGAAGAAGUGAUGAAUGAUUACAACAUGCUUAAAGCUCAAAAUGAUCGAGAAACACAAAGUAUGGAUGUCAUAUUUACUGAAAGACAAGCGAAGGAAAAACAAAUCAGAAGUGUAGAAGAAGAAGUUGAACAAGAAAAGCAAGCAGCAGACAGCAUUAUCAAAAAUAUGUCUCCUGAAAAACAAGUCAAGUACAUAGAAAUGAAAACUACAAACGAGAAACUGUUGCAGGAAUUAGACACACUUCAGCAACAACUAGAUUCACUGAACAUAAAAAAGGAGAGCCUAGAAACCGAAAUAGCACACUCCCAGAUAAAACAAGAAGCUGUAUUGCUACAUGAAAAGCUUUAUGAGUUAGAGGCCCAUCGAGAUCAAAUGAUUGCAGAAGACAAAAGCAUGGGAUCGCCAAUGGAGGAGAGGGAGAGACUGCUUAAGCAGGUUAAAGAAGAUAAUCAGGAAAUAGCCAGCAUGGAGAGACAGUUAACAGAUAUAAAGGAAAAAAUAAAUCAGUUUAUUGAAGAAAUUAGACAACUUGACAUGGAUUUAGAGGAACACCAAGGUGAAAUGAAUCAAAAAUACAAGGAACUUAAAAAACGGGAGGAAAAUAUGGAUGCUUUCAUAGAGACUUUUGAGGAAACAAAGAAUCAGGAACUGGAACGGAAGGCACAGAUAGAAGCCAGCAUUGUCUCCCUGUUAGAGCAUUGCAGUCGGAAUAUAAAUCGUAUGAAACAGAUAUCCUCCAUCACCAACCAAGAGCUAAAGAUGAUGCAGGAUGACCUCGGCUUUAAAUCAACUGAAAUGCAGAAGUCACAGACAACAGUCAGGAAUUUGACCUCAGACAGUCAGCGACUACAGCUGGAUCUACAGAAAAUGGAACUUCUGGAAAGUAAGAUGACAGAGGAACAGCAGUCUCUGAAAAACAAAAUUAAGCAAAUGACUGCUGACCUGGAGACAUACAAUGACCUGGCAACUUUAAAAUCGUCUGCUGAAGAAAAGAAGAAGAAACUGCAUCAAGAAAGAACAGUGUUAUCAACCUACAGAAAUGCCUUUAAGAAGACAAUGGAGAAGCUGACAGCAGAUUAUGAGACACUGAAAACACAGCUGCAAGAGAAUGAGACACAUGCUCAGCUUACAAAUUUGGAGAGGAAGUGGCAGCACCUUGAGCAAAAUAAUUUUGUGAUGAAAGAGUUCAUAGCAACCAAGAGUCAAGAGAGUGAUUACCAGCCGGUUAUUAAAAAUGUGAUGAAGCAGAUUGCAGAAUACAAUAAAACCAUCAUGGAUGCUCUACACAAUGCCAACAGAAGCUGAGACUGAUUGCCUGCAUCUAGAAGCAUCCCCAAGUGUGCUAAAAGUAAAAUGGCUUCCCCUUGAAGAGUUAUAUCUCAGGUUUUUGAAUGUCAUGGUUUGAUUUUCUUGAAGGAGAGACAUCUUGCAUAGUAAAUAGUUCAAUAAAAGGUUUGCUGUUCCAAGUCUUCCUCUGUCCAGCUAGCCAGCUCCCAGAUCAUGACACAGAGACUUACUAAUUGUGAAAGCCUGACGAUAGCUUAGGCUUGUUUCUGGCUAGCUCUUAUGACUUAAGUUAACCCUUUUCUUCUAAUCUGCAUUCUAUGUGCUCGGCUACCUUUACUUUGUAAUGCUGGUGCUGCUUGCUAUGUGUCCUGUGUCUGCUCCCUUCUUUUUCCCAGUGUCCUCUGUGCCUGGAAAUCCUGCCUAGCUAUUGACUGUUCAGCUUUUUUUGUUGUUCAGUUUGUUAUUUUUUUCUAUAUGAAAUGCCUUUAUAUUUGCAUGGAACCUAUGUACAUCAUUCUAUACACAUUUAAUAAUUUCUACAUUGCCUGUAAUACCUAAUACAAUGACAGCAGUGUUCAUACUGUAUUGACUAGGCAAUGACAAGAAGACUAUCUGUACAUUUUUCAGCAAAGAAACAGUUUUCCCCCAAAUAUUUUUAACUUCUUUAGUGAAUCUUUGGGGUCUCACAUCAUGUACCCCAUUUCUUUUUAUAUCCUGGUCACCCCGUAUUUCUCUUCACCCCUGUUGAGACCUUCCCAACAAAAGAAAAAAAACAAAACAAAAUAAGCAAGCAAGCGAGCAAGCAAGCAAACAAAAGCAAGAACAGCAACAACAAACAGACCAAAAUCCACACCGGGAAAAGAGAAAUCUCUGCUUUUCCCUCUCUCCUGCAUCUCUAUCACCUCUUCAUCUCUCCUGAUAGCAUUGGAGGCUUCAUUGAUUCAGUUAGUAUACCUUUGUCCCAUCAGCUUGACUGGCAAAUGUUCACUGCAAUGAGUCUCGGGUCUGGUUUAAAGCCUCUGGUUUUUGGUACACCAUCCUCACUGGAUCCUCAUCACCUCUUCUGGGGUGUCCUGUGGCUGUCCUGAGCCUUGAGAACUUGAGGGUUAUCAUUCCACAGGACCAAUUCCUUCACCAACUGUAGGAGGACCUAGAUGCUAGUUAUGGGUCUGGGUGUUAGCCAGGCAGGUCAGAUCAAGCCACUGGGGCCACCUGCCCUGGUUGGAGGGGCAGAGUCAGUUCCCCUACAUGCAUGCCCUUAGGGUAGGUUCAUCCUCUCCUGUGGUGAGCGGUGGGGGCCCUCUCUCCCCAGUGCAGAGGCCAGCUAUAGGGACCAGUAAGAGGCAAGGCCAGCUUUUCCAAGGCAGUGAAGGGUAGGACUGCCUCAGUAUAACCCUCCGAUUUCAUCUCACAUGAUUCCUAAGACCUCCUGAGGUGACACUAGCCACAGACAUCAACACAGACCUCAGCAGUAGCUAGAUCAUGGACCCAGACAUGGCCCUUGGUAGCAGCUUAGGCCUGGACAACAUCCUGUGUCUGGGUGAAAGGAAUGGCCACUCAGGUGGGAUGGUUCUGGCAUCGGUGUGACCACCAAACACCACCAAGACCUCAGAUUGUGGCCCCAAGCCUGGGCCUCUAUGUGAAUACUGAUGGCAGAGCAGAACCCAGACUUCAGCUCAUGGUAGGACCAUGGUAGGAUCAUGGACCCCAACAUAGUCCUUGGCAGCAGCUGGGCCUGGAUGUCACCACAGCCCCCAGCAACAGUAUGUCUCUGAGUCACUAACUUGGCCCCUGAUCUUGAGUGUCCACAUGGCCUUCGAUGGUAACAGGAGCAUCAGACAUCAGCAUGGACCCUGGCUGCAGUGGGACCACAGACCCUGAUAUGAUCCUCAGCUGCAGCUCAGAUGCUGCCAUGUCAUUGAGUAGCAGCACAGGCCACUUGGAUAUGGAUGCAUCCUGGUCCUUAGACAGUAACUUGGACUCAGGUGACUGGUUUGACCCUGGGCUUCUUGAUAGCACUCAGUGGCAGCUUGAGCCAUGUAUGUCAAUCAGGACCCUGGCUGUUACAGGGCCGCAGACCCAGACAUGACCCUCGGUGGCAGCCUAGGCCCAGAUGAAUAUUGAACACAUGAAUAUUGGUGGCUCCUCCUCUGCUUCCUCCUUCUUCCAUAUCCUUUUUAAUGUAUGUUUUGGGGCUAGAAGAUGGCUCAGGGGUUAAGAGCACUUGCUACUCCUGCAGAGGACCUAGGUUUAGUUUACUAGUGCCCUUAUGGUGGCUUACAACCAUCUGUAACCCGAGUUCCAUGGGAUCUGACACCCUCUUCUGAUGUCUAUGGACACCAGUCAUGUGUGCAGUACUCAUGCACACAUGCAAAAAAAACAGUCAUAUGCAUAAGAAUAAUACUUAAUUAAUUAAAAAUAGCUUAUGUGCACUGCUCAGCAAAAAGAAAAAUUUUGCUAACACUCUUGAGACCAGAAGCUGACUUUCUUCUGCUAAUUGUCCUUUGAAAAUCUUUUUGUUUUUACCUUUGCCUAAAAUUCUAAUUAUAAUGAAAAAUGCAAAUAAAUGAUUAAGAUAUUAACUGGUCAUCUGGUUAAAAGAGUGCUCAGUAGCAAUGGGAACAGUUACAGGACUUUGCCCAGUUCUGGGAAGUGGUACACUGACACCCAUGUUUCUUUGACUGUCUUCAUGUGCACGAAGAGUUGUGAUUGUGUGGUCUGUACCCUAGUAGAGCCCAUUUGGAAUAAUAGUAUAUGAUAUUGUUUGGGUUUAGGGAAGGAAUGUCUUUAAAAUGGGUCCUGGAGACAGUAUUUGGUGGAAUUUAAUUCACACUGUACAAGGUGGGCUGCAUCCAGAAUUCCUAGGAAUAGGUUGGUGGGGAGUGCAGGAGAGGGGACAUUCUGUAGAGAUACUUAACGCUUCCCUUUGACAGUCAUUGAAACAACAACUCCAGAGGAUUAAAAACUUCCCAGAAAUCUCAUGCAGGGGGAGGAAAAAGGCUGCAACCUGGUAUUUGCCAGAGAAAGAUUUUAAACUGUUUAACAAACUGUUUAAUGGACCACCUGGGAGAACAGCGCAGAACCCAGCUCAGUGAUGGGUCAAUGAUGGGUAAGACCACCUUUUAAUCAGACCAAUUAAUUAUACACACCUCAUUCCCUCUAUUCAAACUUAAAUGUCAUGUUACUAUCCAAAAACGGCUUUGCGAGUUUCUGGGACUCAUUUUCUUGAUUUUUCCAAUGUGGCCACAUCGAAUAGACCUUCUUUUUCUACCUCUCACUAUUAGUUCGCUCAUAUUUUUAUUAUGAUAUAUUAAUUAUACAUAAAAGGUUUCAUUUUGGCAUUUUUGUUCAUGUACAUAAUGUAUUUGAAUCAUAUUCACCCCAUCCAAGUUACCCUCUCUCAUCCUACCACCAAAGGAUUCGUGGUCAGAGAAGGUUGGGAACACUGAGUCAGAGGUAAAUCGUUUUCUUCUUGACUACUAAGAGCCAUAAAUCUGAUACAAUAAAGAUGUAUACAAAAAGCA